UCUGAUAUCGUCCAGGCAUGCCAGGAUUGCGACGCUUGCUCCAAGAUGAGACCGAGAUCGUUGCCCGAAACAACAGCCCAUCUUGCUAGGGGACACAAUCCUCUCCAGCGAUGGCAGGUCGAUUACAUCGGGCCCCUUCCUCGUUCCGAAGGGGCAAGAUAUGCCCUGACCUGUGUCGACACUGCAAGUGGGCUACUGCAGGCCUAUCCAGUACCGAAAGCAAACCAGGCAUAUACCAUCAAGGCACUCACUAAACUGAUGUCUGCCUACGGGACACCUCAAGUCAUCGAGAGCGACCAAGGGACUCAUUUUACUGGUGCAACGAUACAGCGCUGGGCAGAAGAAAAUAACAUCGAAUGGCGAUUCCACCUGCCAUAUAAUCCAACAGGGGCAGGCCUCAUCGAACGUUAUAAUGGUAUUCUUAAGGCUGCCCUGAAGACAGACUCCCAGUCCUUGCAGGGGUGGACAAAAAGACUGUAUGAAACCCUGCGGGACCUGAAUGAAAGACCUCGAGAUGGCAGACCCAGUGCCCUGAGAAUGUUGCAGACGACAUGGGCCACCCCGCUUAGGAUCCAAAUUACGGGCACUGAUCAUCAGGUAAGACCCCAAAUUGGUAAUGAAAAUAAUCUUCUGCUCCCUGCCCCUGAAAACUUAGAGCCAGGUACCCAUAAAAUAAAAUGGCCCUGGAAGGUGCAGGUAGGACCCAAGUGGUGUGGCCUACUUGCACCUUGGGGGAGACUAUUGGAGGUGGGAGGCUCAGUAGUCCCUCCAGUAAUAGGUACAUGGCCUACUGAUAUUAUGGUCAACACUCCGAUCUUUAUUGCUAAAGGGACCCCCAUCAUGUCCCUAUGGCAGAUCAGGACACCUCCUUUGGUGCCUGAUAUCGUUAUGCAGCCGCAGAUAUCCGGCAAAAAGGUGUGGUACAGGCGGCCAGGACGUGCCCCAGUACAAGCGGAAGUGUUGACCCAAGACAGAAAUACGGCCUGUAUCUUGCCCUGGAGAGCAGACCUUCCCCUCCUGGUACCUGUAAAACAUCUGUAUUACUCCCCGUGAGUCUGUGAGCCUUCAGGACCACCGGAAGGAACAAAAUGCCAUCAAGCGUUCCAGUGUUGCUGUCAGAUCACGUACAACACCCGGUGAUGGUCUGCAUGGGACUGAUGGAACAUAGAAUGGACUUGCACCUCAGGACCUCAUGCCUCCAGGCACAUCAUCGAGCACUGGCCCAUAGAAGAGUAUGGACAUCCACUAAUCAUCACUUGUCUUGAACUGUACCAACAUACGUCGCGAUAAAAUUGUAUAAGCGUCGCGAUAUACCGGAUCUCUGUAUUAGGGAAAGCUUACCCUUUUGUUAACCUGAUCAUUGGUUCACGCCGUGAAGGGGUGGAGUGUAUGGGAACUGCUGAGUCACGGCCUGAACCUCUGAUUGAUCACCUGAGGUGAGCCAUGAGUCAGCCAGAGGAGCACAGGUGAAGGCAAUUCACCUGUGCUGCCGGAAGGGGUGGAGCCAGGCUCCACCCCUCCUGGACCUAUUUAAGAGCUGGCUACCAGAGGGGAAGGAUCUCUUCUGGAGAUCCUCCUCUUUGAUAUCUUCUAGUGAGCUCAACCCAAGGGUAAGCUCUUCUACUUAUUCUCUUUUGUGAUCCCUGUUUGCUGUGCCUUACUCUUUUGAUUAUAUUGUAAUUAUAACAUCUUGGUUAUACAUAUUGCAAUUAUAACAUCUUGGUUAUA